AUGUUGCUUAUCAAAUUUAUAAGCAUUUGUUUUCCAUCAUCUGACAUCAAUCCUCAAGGCAAAUACGUUCUUAUAACUGGUUGCGAUAGUGGCUUUGGUAAUGCUCUAGCUAUUGAAUUGGAUAAACGAGAUUUUAAUGUAUUGGCUGGUGUCUUCAGUGAAAAUAGUCGAGAUUUACUUGCUAACUUAGGACCAAGUACAGCUGCAUAUGGUGCUUCAAAAUAUGCUCUUGAAUCAUUCUCGGAUUGUCUUCGUCGUGAAAUGAGUGUAUCGGGAAAUAAUGCAAUUAUGAAAAUGGCUGAAAAUCCAAAUGAAGUAAUAGAAGCACUUCAACAUGCUGUCAUGAAUACACGUUCAAAAGUUCGUUAUCGACCUGGUUGGCAAUCGAGUCUUCUUUUUUUUCCACUUUCGAUGUGCCCUGUCUGGUUAGUUGAUUUCUUGAUGGAUAUGGGUCAUGAUAAACGUGUAAUUUCUGCUGAUGUUCGCAAGCAACUCAUAGACUAA